UGGCUGGUCACUUCCUGUCAAAACGGAUGAAAAUUGUUGUUUACAAAAAUAUCCUUUUUCAGCAUCGAUUUUUCAAGAAUUCUAAAAUGUAGCGAUGGACAACGGUAAAGAAAGUCAUUGGCCAAAGAUCUGGUGAAAUGGGUUCACGAUUAAGGGCAAACCCUGAGAGAAUAUUUGAAGUUUUCCUUGAAGUAGCCAAGCCUGACGGAGAUAAGGAUGGAAAGGGAACAUUUAUUGUCCAAAAGUAUCCUCCAACUUUUAAUGAUGAGGAUACCCUCAAGUCAGUACCCAGUUUUGCUUUCCCUUGUGAGACAGACAGGUAUACGACAACUGUGGACCACUUUACCUUUGUUUUGACUGACUUGGAAAGUAAAUACAAGUUCGGGUAUUGCCGCUAUGCCACGGGAGCUCAGACAUGUUUGUGCAUUGUCAGCUGCCUGCCUUGGUUCGAGGUGUUCUACAGCCUCCUCAAUCUGCUGGCAGAAAUGAUCAACCGAAGUGAAGACAAUGAUGUGACAAACCUCCUCCGGGCAGCAUACGCUAAUGGCGUCCCUUCUGCUAAUGUGCCAACCACUAUUGUGGCAGGACAAGAGGUUUGGAAAUUCACACCACCAGAUCUAGAAAAACUUCCAAGUAUUCCCACAAGUAGGAAUUUAACAGAGUAUUACAAUGCUGUGGAUACAGAGAAAAUGAUGAUUAUUUUUGCCAGCAUGCUUAAUGAGCGGCGUAUUUUGAUAACGUCCAAAAGACUGAAUCGGCUGACGGCUUGUGUGCAUGCUUCUGCAACUCUCCUUUACCCAAUGCACUGGCAACACUUAUUCAUUCCAGUUCUACCAGCUUUCCUUAUUGACUACCUCAGUGCACCAAUGCCAUAUUUAAUAGGAGCUCAUAAAUCAUUAGUAGAGAAAAUGAGGGACAGUGAACUAGGUGAUGCUGUCGUAGUGGAUGUUGAUGAGAAUAAAAUUAUAAAGAACUGUUUUAAUGAUUUGGAAGAACUGCCAUCAGAUAUUCAAUCCUACUUGAAGAAACAUCUAAAGAAGGACAAGAUUGCACAUACUAUGGCAACCUCUGGUGAUGCCAUUCCAAAAACCUUCCUUAUGGCCCUUGUCAAGUUAAUAGGAGGCUACAGGGAUGCUCUAAAGUUUCAUCCUGGAGAAGAGAUUACAUUUAAUCCUCAGGCUUUUGUACAGUCUAGACCAGAAAAUAUGCAACCAUUCCUAGAAAAAAUUCUUCAUCUACAAAUUUUUCAAGAAUUUAUCAAUGAGAGAUUGGACAUGUUAAACUGUGGAGAGGGGUUCACAGAUAUUUUUGAGAGAGAAGCCAUGACAAGAGCAGACAGACUGAAUACUCAAUCUCGCUACAAAGACUGGCUUCAUAAUGUCAAGUCGCAGGGUAAAAGAAUUCAGAGAGGAGGCAAAGAUGUCUGGGCAGACUUCAAGGAAAAGGCGGCUCCAACUGUUACCAAUGUGAUGGAUACUAUUCGAGACAGAACGAAGAAAAAUUUCUCAAACUUUAAAGAAAAAUUCACUGACCUUCAAAAAUCCAAGGAUGAAGGUAAAUCUUCCCGUUCACCUGGGGUCCGUCAACAUCGACCGAAAACCAUCAAUCUGGGACAAGAUCUGCAUGCCCAGCGACCUAUGAGGCCAGGGAAAUCUCCUGACACACAGUCUGUGAAGUCGUUAAAGGUCUUUGGAACUCAAGAAAGGAUGACUAAGUACAAGAUUAUUGAAGAGAAGGAGAAGACACAGGACGACUCCGGAAUGGAUUUACCUUACAACCGAGUUAGUAUCAAUCUGCUAGGUGACCCUGACAUCCAGAAUGCCCUGAAUAAAUCGGCCAGUGCUGAAGACCUUAUCUCCCCGCGGGGGUUGUCCUUGAUUGACAUGGCUGAGGAAUCUGAUUCCUCCUGCAAUAGUUCCCCUGCCCCCUCUUCUUUUCCCUCCCUUAUAGAAUUUGAUUCCCACAGUAUUGGAUCCACAGGCACUCAGGAUAGCUUCAGUGCUCUCCCCUUGGCUGAUGGGUCAGACUCUCAAAGCAAUACAUCAGACUUUGAAAAUCCAGGCUCUCGUCCAGUGGCACCUCCAAGACGAAGGAAAAUGGAGAGGAAUAAGAACGAAAAUCUGGUUGUGAAGGAUCGGAUAAUAGGUGCUAAACCCAGGCCUGCACCUAGGAAAAGUCUUACAGACGAAGUGAAAGUAGAUGCUGAACAAGUUAAAACUGAAAGUGAAACAAAGCCAGUGGAAGUGGUGUCAAAGCCCCUGAUUCAGUUAGAUUCAGUGGAUGAUGAUUUCGAUCCAUUCUCUUCACCUAGAUCACAAACUGUUGGAACAGUAGAGACCCUGCGGGAGAAAAGUGAAGGAUCACCAUUGCUUCUUAGGAGAGCAGAUGCUUUUAAGAAACAGAAUGGCAGAACACCAAGAGACAUUUCCUCUGAAAGGAAAACUGUGAACAGUGUGACACAACCAAAGAAGGGACUGGAUGGCAUUGAAACAUUUGAUCCAUUAAGUAACACUUCUUCAGAACAAACAGAAGCCAAGGAAGAGCCCAGGAAAAGUGUGCAUGAACUUAUGCAAGCAUGGGAACUAAAUAACUUACCUAUAUCCCAAAACCAAUCCCAUCCUGGAGUGAAACCUUCUAUUGCACAAAAACCACCACAUUUAGGCUUUCCCUGCCCUCCCCAUUUCACUUCUAGUCACCAUCAACCCCUCUCUAGACUAAGUAAUUUUUCCCCACACAAAAUUCAACAAGCCUCUGUAGAAAUAUCAGGCCAUAGACUUGCCCAUCCCUCUGUGCAUUCUUCUGUGGCUUCCUCUCAGCGUACCAGUGGUAGCUCUGUGGCGAGCUCCACCGCGUCAGCUGACCGAUCAUCAGAUCCAUUCACAGACUUACUAGAACAGUCACUUAAAAGUGGGGGAAGUCCCUCUCCACAGAAAAAAUGGGAGACUUUUGAAUAACUGUGUUUUGGAUGGGUAACUGAGGAAGUUUAUAGUGGUAUUGUGUGCCAGUAAUGUGUUGGGAUCCCGUAGUAUUCGUGUAGUUUUGUUAAUUACACUAUCUAUGAAUGAUAAUGGUACUCCAUUAUUUUGCUUGUCUACCAUUAUCGACUAUGAAUGGUUCAAGAAUGAAGUGUUUGCUAAGCACUACAUAUUUAUAAAUAUAUAUUUUUGUUUCAAAGAUUUUUAGAAUUUUAACUUAAGAGUGAAUUGUGAGUUAAAUCAUGAACAGUUCGGUUAUGACAGUGUCAAAGAAACUAAAUCAAAAUGUUGAUAUUUUGUUAAAAAAAUAUUACAAUGUACUAACUUUACAUAUUCUAGUACCUUAUCUGCAAUUAUUAUAAAUUAACAAACCAAAUUGUAUUUAUUUGCAUCUUUUAAUAAUAAUAGUGUUAAAUAAAACAUUCCAAAUUAAGAUGAGAAACAUUUCAGAUAGUCAUUUUAAUUUUUUGGGAACGGAACUUAGCAGACUUUUGACCUCAGUUGUGAAACCUCUGCAGCCAGACUGUAAAUUUUAAAUGUUCUACCAAUUAAGUAUUAUAAAAUUUCAUGCAGUUUAAAGACAACAUACAUAUUUCCACCUUCUUGUCUCUCUGUAAUAGAAUUUUGCUCAGAUGAAAGGGAUAUACCAGUAAUGAAUAGAGAUGAGCUACAUAUAUAUACCUGUACAGGUGGAGCACUGAGCCACAAAUAAAUAUCGAUAAAACUGAUAAUUUAAAAAAAAAAAAAAAACAUGCAAAGGUCAGAUCUAAACAAAUUAUUUAAAAAGACAUUUCAUUAUUAGUGAAUACUGAAAAUUAAACUUAAUCAGGUUUUAAUCAGUACACCUAAAACCUAAUAUUCCAUUUCAUAGUGUUAAUGUAACAAACCUUUGACUAUUUCCAAUCUGUAUUGCUUGAAAAGUAUUUUUUAUUAUUAUAUGUGAUAAUCAUGCCCACACAAGUUUUGUCAGUAUGCAGGAUUUGUCACUUGUUUUCCCCAGUCUUGUUUUCAGUUGCUCUCUGUUAAGAUUUAAUGUUAAUGAUGUUUUAGUCUUGCUUGUAUGUUAAAAACAUUAUAUUUUUAUGAAAGAA